AUGGAUACUUGCGGAAACUGGGACAGUACGAUUUACCCCGAGGCAAAGCCGGAGCGUCUUGGGUACGCCUUGUGGUUCACUGAGUUUUUCUUCCUCGUUGAUAACAAAGCGGACACCAUAACGGACUACGAGGCUCAUACGACGCUGAACAAAGAGUUUGACAAGCUAUUUGCAAUCGAGGACGAGAAUAUCAGGCUACAGCAUAAUGCUUCUGCAAUAGAAAAGAUGACCAUCCCAUUCCUUAAGAACAUUUUGACCAUCGACAAAAAGCGCGCACUCCCCAUUUUGCGUGAAUGGCGACAUUGGCUCCUGAAUGUUGACUCUAAUACGGUCGACUACUUCAACACUAUAGAGGAGUAUAUUCUCUAUCGAGCCAUGAACAUCGGUAUUCGACCAUGCGGUCCUACUAUGCGCUUUGUUAUGGAAUUAGACGUUACCGAGGAAGAGGUGGAGUUAGCCAAUCCGAUCCUCUGGUACGUUUGUGCAACUAUCGCUCUGACGAAUGACUACUGGAGCUGGCAUAAAGAAGCUCUACACGCCGGUCCAGAACACCAAAUGAAGAUUAUGAGCGGAGUAGUCAUACUCAUGAAGGAAAAGAAGGUAGAAGCACCGGAAGCUCUCGAGAUGCUAAAGCAGCUCGCUUGCGAGUAUGAACAGAAGGUUGUAGAUAUGUGCGCCGGCAUAUUUUCAAAGUAUCCAUGCGCUUCCAAAGACUUCCAUGCAUAUAUUCAGGGUCAGCUCUGGCUGGUGGCUGGCAACAAUUACUAG